UAAUUAUCAGGAAAUGAUAGGAGUGAUGGUAACCACAUAUUGAGUUGGUUUACAAAAAGCAGUUCUGCAUCAGCUUUAGGGCUCUUUAGAACACUCUACACUAGCAACCUAGAACAGUUUUACCACUGGAGUGGACUACUGGACGAUUACAUGUUUACACAGUACAUAACAAGUGGAACGAGAUUAACGUUUUUGCAACUACUCUCAGUGUAACUGUUACAGCGUUCUUUAAGCUUUGAGAUAGCAACUGAUGAAGAUGUGGAAACAACUAUUCUGUGCGUUAUUUGCGGUUGUCAUGGUGAUAGAUGUGACAUUUGCAGUAAAAGAAAAAGUGCCGAGAAGUUACAUAUAUGCAGAUGCAUUGAAAUCUGGUUGCGACAUCAAAUCAAUGUCUAAAGAAGAAAAACAAACAGUGAACGGUAAACUACUGGUGGAUCUAGAAUCAGUGGUGCAAUAUUGUCCUGGCCCAGCUAAACACAAAAGGCACAAGAGAGACGCUGACGAGUCCCGUAUGGCUGUAUGUAGUCCAGCAUGCAACUGGAUGUUGGAAUAUCUGGAAAUCAAAAACCCUGAUACGGUGGUCAUGAUCUAGAUUCGAGCAAGUGGCGGACAUCGGAGCUGAGAACUCUAAAUGGUGGGAUGACCAAGAUCAAUGUGGAGACGUAUUCCUAAUUAAAGUUCCAUAAGAUCACAUAUUUCUAAGUGUAUUAUAAAAGUAACUUCCUAAAGCAGAGCGAACCCAAUAUACGUGGUUGUACAUUUGGCGGAUACAGUGCUCCUUCAAACUGUUCUAGAUUGAGUACAUCAACUUCUCUAAACAUACACGAGAAAACCAUUUCGAAAUUGAAAGGAUAGUCACUAUAUAGGCUACAUGACCAUAUGACCAAAAUGAUGAAGUUGGUAGGGAUCCUGCUACAUCUCUUGACCAAUAUUAAAUCUACUUUUUAGCCAAUAAGAAGUCUACAGUAAUUGUAACACAAAGUCUAUGUUCUAUGUAAAUGUUCGAAAUAAAAAUCAGCAAAAUAU